AUGAAAGUGGAAGUUUUUAGUGUGUAAACAAUAUCUGAAAACGGUGCCCUUUGUUUGCUAUUAAUUUUAGAAUAGAAAAACCAUAAAUUAUAGAUAAUGUUAGAUUGUGGAUUGAAUUAAAGAUUGGAAUGUAAUCAUCUAAAGCAUUAUAUGAAUAAAAUAUAGAAAGUAAUUUAGAAAUAUAAAUUAGUCAAAAUUAGUGUUGCUAUCAUAACCAUCAAUUGAAUAUGCUGGAGGUUUGCCUUUAAUAUCAGAAUUCUAAAUAAAGACAUUAUCUACAAGUCCAAUAAUUGAAUUUGGUGUUAGAAAUUUUGUUGAUCAAUUGAUUCAUUUAUAAUAAGCAUUUCUAAAAAAAGAGGUUUUGGAGGAUGAUUUUAAAUAAGAAUGGAAAAGAUUAUUAGAUGCUGCAGAUGAUGCAUAUCGUCAAAUAAAGCCUUUAAAAUUUGGAUAGAAUGAAACAAUGAUGUUUGAAAAUGGAUUAUUUUAAGUAACAGUUUGUCCAAUAAGAGCAGGAAAAGUAAUUGGAGCAUGUGCUUGGAAAAUUUAAGUUAAUACAUUAAAUAUAAUUUACAUUACAGAUUAUAAUAUGAUAAAAGAAUUACAUAUAGAUUCUUUAAAUAUAGAACGAUUAUUAAUUAAGAAUUAAAAAUAAUCAUUACUUCAUAGAGAGAUUAUUGAUUUACUAAUUUUAGAGAAUUAUCCAAAAGAAACAAUAUAACCUAUAAGUAAUUAAUAGGUGACAUAAUCUUAAUAUUUUAUUAAGACUAAAAUGGAAGAAGAGUUGAGUUAGUAUCAUAAAAAAUAAUAAGGGUAAUUAAUAUUUGCAUUUUAUCCAAAUGAAAGAAUUUUAGAGGGUAUUAAGUCACUGCAUUAAAUUUUUAAAGAAAAUGAGAAGUAUGUAGGAAUGAAAUGGGAUAUAAAUGUUUUAUAUCUAGAUUUAGUAGAUAAGGCAAGAGCAUUUGGAGAAUUUCUGUGUUGGGAUAAUAUUUAAUCACUAAAUUAUGAUAAUUAAUCAAAAAUUAAAUCAUAAAUUAUACUUACAUCCUAUAAUAAUCUUUUUUCUGGUCCUUUCUAUUAAGAAAAUUUAUUAAUUGAUCCAAAUAAUACAAUAAUUAUUUUUGAUAAACCUCCAUGUUUAAUUAAUGAGAAUAUGGGAAAGAUAAGAAAGAAUUUUGAGUUAAAUCUUUAAGUUAAAGAAUCAUAUUCAAUAAAUUUAAAUUAUAUUAGAAAGUAAAUUUAAUAAUUAAAUUAAUUUAGAUUAUUAUUAAAAACAAAUGAAAAAGAAAAUAAAUUAAUAUCAAAUGCUCCUAGUACAACAUUCAUUCCUGGUAGUUCAACAGAUUUAGUAGAAACUUAAAGUGUCGACAUUGGCAAUUAAAAAACAGAUGAUCAAUUUUCAGUUUUGAGUGAUCCAAAACCUAAUCUUGAACCUUUAUAUGAUAAAAAUAUAUACAAAUAACAUAAUUAAUUGUAUUUUGUAGAUGAUGAAAUUAAAGGUAAUAUUAUUUUAAAUAUAUAUAAGAAUAAAUUUAAUUUACAACUGCACAAUUAGAUAAACCACUUAGACCUAUGUAAUAAUUACAUUAAAGAGAUGAUUAUGGUUCAGAAAUACCUAAAUAUGUUAAAUUAUUGAAAACUAAAAGGAGAUAAUAGAUUGAAACAUAAACUUAAUAAAUGGAAGAAGAAUAAGAUGCAGAAAAUGAAAAGAAUAAAUUAUAAGAGGCAACUUUUGCAUUACCUAAUAUAAAUAAAAUUUAGAAUUUAAAAAUGUUAACAGUUUAAGCUAUGGUAUCUGUUAAAUAAAUACCUUAAAAUUUAAGAAAUGCUUAAAUGCUUUUAGAAUAUUUAAAUCCUUAAAAUCUUUUAAUUUUAAAUCCAAGUACAAAACCUAGAUAAAGUGGAGUAUAAUUGGCAGUAGCAAAAUAAAGUUAAGCUUAAUCACUUAUUUCAUUAAAUGAUGGAUAAAACUUACCUUUUGUUGAAAUGUCUGAAAAAUAGAUUGAGAUAAGAUCAGCAAUAUAAGUUAAAGGGAAAUUAGAAGUAAAAAUCUUUAGAAAUACCCAGACGAUGACAUAAAUUUUAAAAUUGGUAGCAACGUAAAAUAAAAAACCAAAUUGUCAUUAGAAUAUAUAGUUGUUGACAUUAUAUGAAGAAUUAAAAAAGAGAGGAGAUUUAAAAUUGGAAUUAGGAUUUUGUUAGAUUAGUUUAAAUAAUGGUUAAGUGAUAGUGAGUAAAACUAAAUAAGGAUUUAAAGUAGAGGGAUAUUUUAGUAAUUUAUACAAAGAGGUGAGAAACUUGAUAAAGACAUUAAAUAUCUGAUUUGAUAUAGUUAUGAAAUAAACGCAU